AUGCUACUGCAAGAUGCGCUGGCCUUGGAGGCCCGGGCCGGGCGCCUGCGCGAUAGCACUGGCAAGCACGUCAGUAUCGUCUUGGCAUGGACGAUGAUGAUUUACUUACCCCACUACGUGCUCUCGGUGCUGCUUCCGGUGGUGCUCACCGUGCAACCGCCGGCCCUCGUCGCCGACCUCGUGCCGAUGGUCGCCGACACCAUCGAGUACAUGACGGACGACGACCAAAGUCAUUUGGCCGACGUCUUCCGCUUUGACGCACGCUACGGAGAUAUCCACGACGCGUACGACAACGUCGCCAACGUCAUUGACACUGACGUCUUUGCGCCGUUCCUGGAGGCGCUGCGCGCCGGCAUGGUCGUCGCGACCCCGACGCGAAUCGUCGACGACGUCGUCCAGCGCACUCUCCGCCUCGUUGCGGGCACCGUGGCAAAGUCCACGGACGCGAUCACCGGGCGUGUCUUGACCACGUACAAAUCUAUCCUCCGCGUCCCAGAGGCGAUAGCUAUUUGCCACCUCUUGUCGCCGACAGCGGUGUCGCGCCUUCUGGACGAAGUGACGGCCCUUCUCACGAACGCGCCGGACGCUCUCUACUACGUCCGCCGCCUGCUCUACCCGACGGUGUCGUACCUCGACUCGCAGCUCCCUGGGCUGUACUCAUUGCCCCGAAACGCGAUGGCCGCCGCCGUCCGGACGGCCCUCGUGGCCUUUCUACAGGCGACGCAAACCCCGGCGCCGGUGUCGCGGCUCCAUACCGCGUGCAUGUGCACUGAAUGCAAGGACGUCGAAAUGCAACUGGAGGCGUGUCAGCCGACAAGAGACGUCGACGUCGUCCGCGCCACGUGCCCCAAGCUUCGGGCGGCGGUAAGCGCGUUGCCCAAGCACCCGCGAGUGGCACUCGCCUUGCUCUCCAUGUCGCGGCUAACGAUUCGGAUUACGUCCGAGGCCGCAGCGAUGGCCGAGCGGCAGCGCGACGAAGCCACGGCAGCUCGCUUGCGCGUUGGGAAGCACAAGAAGAAGAGCAAGAAGAAGGGCAAGACGACAGCCGCAUCACCCGAGGCUGUUGCCCCUAACGAGUAG